CUCUCGCCGUCCGCACAGCCGCUCAUCGUCUCCCACUGCCUGCCCUCUCCCUGCGCCGGCCGGUGCCCCGACGCGCCAUGUCGUACAACAAGGCCCCGUCCAUCACCGCCGAGACCAUAAAUCCCAGGGUCAAGAUCAUCAGAUACGCGCCUUGCGGGGAGAUCGUCAAGCACGCAGCGCGGCUGGAGCAGGAGAUAGAGGAGAACCCUGCUUCUAUCCCUUUCCAAGAGAUAAUAUACUGCAACCUCGGGAACCCCCAGGUCCUUGGUCAGCCGCCACUAACUUUCUUUCGUGAGGUUCUCUCCCUGUGCGACAACCCAGCCCUCAUGGACAGAGAUGAAGCUCGUGCCUUAUUCAGCCCUUGUAGCAUAAGAAGGGCCAGGAGGAUCCUAAACUCGAUCCCCAGCAAAGACACUGGUGGAUAUACUGAUUGCCGGGGAAUCAAAUGCCUGCGUCAAGUAGUAGCAGAUGGGAUUACCGCAAGAGACGGUUUUCCAUCGACAGCGGACGAUAUCUUUCUGACAGAUGGAGCCACCUCAGCGAUCAACUUGAUGAUGCAGAUACUCAUCAGGUCUCACGAAGACGGCAUCUUGAGCCCUCUACCCGAAUACCCCUUGUACUCGGCCUCCAUCAUACUGCACGGUGGAACGAUGGUGCCGUACAAUCUCACUGAAGAUAACGGUUGGGGCCUAGAGAUCUUUGAAGUCAAGAGGUGCUUGGAAGAGGCUCGUUCGGCUGGCCUCACUGUUAGAGCUAUGGUGGUAAUAAAUCCCGGCAACCCUACUGGACAGGUGCUAUCCGUCACAAACCAGGAGGAGAUAGUAGAGUUUUGUCGGAAGGAAGGUCUGGUUAUACUUGCUGAUGAGGUAUACCAGGAAAAUAUCUACGCAGAGAACAAGAAGUUCCAUUCCUUCAAGAAAGUGGCCAGAUCACUUGCUUACGACGAAAAUGACCUCACCCUAGUAUCACUUCAUUCCGUUUCAAUGAGCUAUGGGGAGAGUGGCAGAAGAGGAGGCUACAUGGAGGUGUCUGGUGUUGCAGCUAAUGUGAAGGAUCAGAUUUACAAGGUGGCUUCUUUAACACUCUGCCCCAACAUUGCUGGCCAGAUUCUCGUCAGCCUUGCAAUGGAUCCACCGAAGCUAGGAGAUGAAUCUUUCGAGUCAUUUGAUAAGGAGAAGGAACAGAUCCGUUCAUCCUUCUGCAAGCGAGCCAAGACCCUGGAGAAAGCUUUCAGCGGCCUGGAGGGCGUGACUUGCAACAAGUUAGAGGGUGCGCUGUACUUGUUCCCACGGCUCCACCUCCCCUCCGCUGCGAUCAGGGCCGCCGAUUUCGAGGGAGUUUCACCUGACAUAUUCUACGCUCACCGCCUGCUUGAUGCCACCGGGAUUGCCGUUGUGCCGGGCUCUGGGUUCCACCAGGCCUCUGGGACGAUCCAUAUCCGAUGCACGAUCCUUCCUGACGAAAGAAAAAUCGAGGCGAUGGUCGCACGCUUGAGGGCGUUCCAUAAGGCGUUCAUGAACGAGUUCCGGGGCUCUCAGCAGGUCAUGAACGAUCUCCGUCGCUGAUGGUGUCGAUGCAUGGCACGGUUAGGCCUGUGCGUGUGCCCAUGGGCAAUCAAGACAACUUCUGAGCUCUGGAGUUGUUGUUUGUUGUUCUGUGUUCUUGCUUCCUCGUUGAGCUGUGCCCGUUUGUCCUCACUUAUGCAGUCAGUGGUCUGUCUGUAGUCUGUACUGCUUAAAGAUAAGCUGUGCUUUCAGGAAUAAAAAGUCUGCAGCUUGUGCAUAUA